CCCUCUAUAUAUACUCACCACAUAUUCCAUCUACCACAACAAAAAAUAAACCAAACUUGACAACAUUUAAAGUUUAUAAAUAAACUCUCAUUUUUUUCUUUUCUCCUUACUAAAACAAAAACAUCUCUAUUACAACUCUAGCCAUUUUCUUGAUCCAAUGGCAUCAACAAUUGCACUAAAUGGACAUGUUAAUGGAGAUGUUGUAGCCAGUGAUUUAUGCAAUAAAUCAAUUCAUGAUCCAUUGAAUUGGGAAAUGGCUGCUGAAUCAUUAAAAGGGAGUCAUUUGGAUGAAGUGAAAAAAAUGGUGGAUGAAUUUAGAAAGCCAAUUGUUAAACUUGGAGGUGAAACUUUGACAGUUGCACAAGUUGCAUCCAUUGCAAAUGCUGAUAACAAAACUUGUGGGGUUAAAGUGGAGCUUUCUGAAAGUGCAAGGGCUGGUGUGAAAGCUAGUAGUGAUUGGGUUAUGGAUAGUAUGUGUAAAGGUACAGAUAGUUAUGGUGUUACUACUGGUUUUGGUGCAACAUCACAUAGGAGAACCAAGAAUGGUGGUGCUCUUCAAAAAGAACUUAUUAGGUUCUUGAAUGCUGGAGUUUUUGGAAAUGGAACUGGAAGUUGUCACACAUUGCCACAUUCAGCAACAAGGGCAGCUAUGCUUGUUAGGAUCAACACUUUGCUUCAAGGGUACUCUGGCAUUAGGUUUGAGAUCUUGGAAGCGAUAACGAAGUUGAUCAACAGCAACAUCACCCCAUGUUUGCCCCUCCGUGGCACGAUCACUGCCUCGGGUGAUCUUGUCCCGUUGUCCUACAUUGCUGGUUUGCUUACUGGCAGACCUAAUGCCAAGGCUGUUGGUCCCAAUGGUGAGAAACUUAAUGCAGAGGAAGCGUUCCGCGUGGCUGGUGUUAGUGGUGGAUUUUUCGAGUUGCAGCCGAAGGAAGGACUUGCCCUUGUGAAUGGUACAGCAGUUGGUUCUGGUAUGGCGUCGAUGGUCCUGUUUGAGUCCAACAUUCUUGCUGUUAUGUCUGAAGUUUUGUCAGCGAUUUUCGCUGAAGUGAUGAAUGGAAAGCCCGAAUUCACUGACCAUCUGACACACAAGUUGAAGCAUCACCCUGGUCAGAUUGAGGCUGCUGCUAUUAUGGAACACAUUUUGGAUGGCAGCUCUUAUGUCAAGGCAGCUCAAAAGCUCCAUGAAAUGGAUCCUCUCCAGAAACCAAAGCAAGAUCGUUAUGCUCUCCGAACAUCUCCACAAUGGCUAGGCCCUCAAAUUGAAGUCAUUCGCGCUGCAACUAAGAUGAUCGAGAGGGAGAUCAACUCAGUGAACGACAAUCCAUUGAUCGAUGUUUCAAGAAACAAGGCCUUACACGGUGGGAAUUUCCAAGGCACCCCUAUUGGUGUCUCCAUGGAUAACACAAGAUUGGCCCUUGCAUCAAUUGGGAAAUUGAUGUUUGCUCAGUUCUCAGAACUUGUCAACGACUAUUACAACAAUGGUUUGCCAUCUAAUCUCACAGCAGGAAGGAAUCCAAGCUUGGACUAUGGUUUCAAGGGAGCUGAAAUCGCGAUGGCUUCUUACUGCUCGGAACUUCAAUUCUUGGCAAAUCCAGUGACUAACCAUGUCCAAAGUGCCGAGCAACACAACCAAGAUGUUAACUCCUUGGGCUUAAUCUCAUCAAGGAAAACAGCCGAGGCAGUUGACAUCUUGAAGCUGAUGUCAUCAACCUAUCUCGUGGCGCUUUGCCAAGCUAUAGACUUGAGGCACUUGGAAGAAAACUUGAAGAAUGCAGUCAAGAACACAGUCAGCCAAGUAGCUAAGAGAACUUUGACAAUGGGCGCUAACGGUGAACUUCAUCCAGCACGAUUCUGCGAAAAGGAGUUGCUUCGAGUCGUGGACAGGGAAUACUUGUUUGCCUAUGCUGAUGAUCCCUGCAGCUCAACCUACCCUUUGAUGCAGAAGCUGAGACAAGUCCUCGUUGAUCAUGCACUGAACAACGGUGAAAGCGAGAAGAAUGUGAACAGCUCAAUCUUCCAAAAGAUUGCAGCUUUCGAGGACGAAUUGAAGGCCGUAUUGCCUAAAGAAGUUGAGAGUGCAAGAAUUACUCUUGAAAGUGGCAACCCUUCAAUUCCCAACAGGAUCACAGAAUGCAGAUCAUAUCCGUUAUACAGACUUGUGAGGAAGGAACUUGGAACUGAACUGUUGACAGGUGAAAGAGUCCGAUCACCUGGUGAGGAGAUUGACAAGGUGUUCACAGCAAUGUGCAACGGACAGAUUAUUGAUCCAUUGUUGGAGUGUCUCAAGAGCUGGAAUGGUGCUCCCCUUCCAAUCUGUUAGGUGUCUGCCAGAAAAAGAAGCUUCUGUUAAUGCUUGUCUAGUGCCAUUUUUCAGAUUCUUUUUACCCUAUGGUGAAUUACUAUCAUAAUAUGUUGUGAACUAAUAUCUUUUUUGGUUAUUAAAACUCUCUUUGAAUA